AGACACAUCCUGAAGAAAUCCCCCCUUGGUCAACAAGAUAUAUAAUUUCCUAGUUUCGUUAUAUUCGAAGUGCGAUCUUGAUAACACACAAUGGCCAAAAAAUCCAAGAGCAAAUCCGAUAAGUCUGAACAAGCGAAAUCGAAUGGCGCUGCUGCUUCAACAACAUUAACAAAGGAUGCUCCUAUCGAUCCAUUGCUCGCUUCUCUGUUUGAGAAAAGUGCGGGACCGGUGAAAACACCAUCCAUACAAUAUAAGGAAUUCGUACCUAAACCACAGUCUGCGAAACCUCUACCUGAAGUCGCAGAGCUAGAAGAUGGUGCGGAGGAUAGCGAAGACGACGAUAGCGAUGAUACUAGUUCCAGCGAUAUGGAUAUGCAGGAUGCCGAUCAAAACGACGAGGACAGUCAGUUUGAAUCCGAAAAGGAACAACCUGCAGAAGUGCAGCCGAGCCGGAAGCGUAAAAGAGGAGCUGCAGACAAUUUGGAGGAUGCAUAUAUGCAGAAGCUAGCUCGCGAAGAGGAACGAGAGAAAGCUAGGCGCAAAAUGGAAAAGUCGAAAGAACACGACGUCGAGAGCGAUGCAUCUGCGGAAAGUGAUGAAGACUUCGCUGCUGACAGCGAAGAAAACUCCGAUACACCACCACCUGUACAUGAAACCGUUUCUGGCGCUGUAGAGGCCGAAGAAUUGGACAAAUCAAACCGUACUGUGUUUCUGGGCAACGUCUCGAAUAAAGCAAUCACAUCAAAAUCCGAUAAAAAGGCUCUUUUGGCUCACAUUUCAUCCUUUUUACCUUCACUGCCGAAAUCUCAUACCCCUCACAAAAUUGAAUCAAUCCGCUUCCGGUCAACUGCCUACGGUACACAACAAGGAGUUCCUCGACGAGCUGCGUAUGCGCACAAAGAGACUAUGGAUUCUACAACUCUCAGUACUAAUGCUUACGUUGUCUUUUCUACGUCUAUUGCUGCUCAGAAGGCUCCUGGAGCUUUGAACGGCACCGUUGUGCUGGGCCGUCAUUUGCGAGUUGAUAAUAUCGCGCAUCCUGCUGCUAUAGAUAACAAGCGAUGCGUGUUUGUUGGCAAUCUCGAUUUCGUCGGACAAGAAAAUGAUGCAGAGGGUGACGAGGAAAACCCGAAAAAGAAGAAGAACACACCUCCUGCCGAUGUUGAAGAAGGAUUAUGGCGAACAUUCAAUGCAAACACCGGCGUUGCGGAGAAGAAGAAUGCCGCCGGUGGUAACGUCGAGUCAGUGCGGGUUGUUCGUGAUCAGGCUACUCGUGUCGGCAAAGGCUUCGCCUAUGUACAGUUCCAUGACCCAAACUGCGUGGAGGCCGCAUUGCUUCUAGACGGCAAGAAAUUUCCCCCUUUACUCCCUCGCAAACUCCGCGUCACUCGCGCAAGGAAGAUGAGCAAAAAGCGUGACGCCAACCCUCCGAGACGUGCUCCGACUGAUAGUGCUCAUAGCACUCUCCGCGGCCGUGUAAAGAAACUACUUGGACGAGCCGGAGCUUCCAAACUGCGCAAUGGCAAUGACGGCAAGCCUUUUAUUUUCGAAGGUCAGCGUGCAGUUGAAAAGACUGAUCAAUUCAAGUUCAAGAGCAAGUCGCGUGGAGGAAGCAAAGGGAAGCCGAAGAACCGAAGUUCUAGACGCGCAGCAGCAUACCGCGCCUCUGGAGGUAGAGCUGGCAGGAAAGCUGCAGAGUAG